UACGAACAUGCAUGAAGGUUACAGUUAAAGUUUUAAUACGCAAUCACAUUGUCACACUCCACCUUUUUGAACUGGCAGUUUGUUUUUUUAAAAAAGAUUCCGAGGAAACGCGCUGAAAAUCUCGUAGAUAACAAUGUGUGACAUAAGGGUAGAUUCUGCGGAUAUUUUGCUCGUUGUUAAAGCAUUAGAACGGUUGAAGAACCGUAAAAUUACUUCCUGUUCCCGGCAUGAAAAUGAGAAAGCUUAUUUCGACAAUGAUGAAGCUGAAAUCGAGAAAUAUGAAACAUUAUUACGUUCUGCAGGAAAGCUAAAAACGUAUUUCACUAUGGAAUCCAUCGUUGAAUUCAAAAAUAUCGCCGAACGUUUAUCCACUGACAACUUGAAGCAAAUCCUCGCCAAAAUGUCCUUACCCAAAGCACUGACAUCGUGCGGUCGCCUGCUCAUCGACCACCACGAAGAAAAUCUUUGCUCUCUGUAUCUGUCUUCUGCGUUAAAAUUAUACUUGAAAGCGUUUGAAUCAGUCAAACAUGCAUUCUUUUAUGGCAACGGCGCGCUGAAUGAGAAAAUGCUACGAUUUUUGAGACUCUCAUCGAAGCAUCGACUUCAUCAGGACUUGUAUGUUGAGUGUUUGAGGGUGUUUUGUGUACAAAAUGAACAAUGUGUUAAAUCCUCUGCAAUCUUAGAGGACAUUCUCAGUAUUACGCAUGCAGCCAAAAUUGAUAUAUUCAAUGUGUGGAGCACUGGGAAAGAAGCAAUGUCUUGCUUUCAAUUCUGUUCUUCAUUGUUUAGUGACAUCAAUAACAUUGUAUCCUUGAUACAAUUCGGGAAGACAGAUUGCGUAUCGGUAUCAAGUUACCUCCAUUGGUGGAAUGCAUUCGUAAGGCUUCCUGCACACAUAGCGACUGUUCGAAAGUUCGACCCGUUAAUUGUGCGUUCGCUCCAAGUUCUGCACUUGUAUCUUACUGACUAUUUCAGAAUGUCUCUCCCUUUUGCUGCAGAGUAUGUAUUGAAACUGUUCUGGAGUAGCAUAACAGACCCUUACUUGACUCGAGAGGAAUUUCAGAACAGUUUUCUUCCAGAAUGUGCAAAAGAGAAGACUGUACUGAGAGAUGCCUGGACUUGGUAUGAGUUUCAUGUCUUAGGAGAUAUGAAAGAUUACGUGAAAAAUCCCAGGUCCCUACGUCACCUCUCAAGGUGCUCUGUGAGAGACCAAAUGGCCUGGUGUCUCCAACUUCCAUCUGGUGUUGAAAGAUUGCCUGGUGUAUCAGCCGAGUUAAAGAACUAUAUUCUUUUAAAAAACUGCAUUUCAUCCUUCUUUGUGUUCAGUUGAUGACUUUUAAUCUCAUAGCUGUGACAUAAGGUUUUAUUAUCGUCUGACAUACAUAAGCCACCACUAUUUGUCUGAAUUGCUUAGAAGCCUUUUUUUAUGAUGCAUCAUAUAAAAAAAAAUAAUUUUUUAAUGUGAGAACAUAGAAGAUUAGCAAAUGAAAAUAUGCUUUAAUGAUUAAAAAUUCGACGGUUGGUGGCUUAAGCAUAUUCAUAUAAUGUAUCAUUUUAAAAAGAAUAAUCCUUUUAUUAUGUGACAAUAUUUUUUAAUGUAAAAAAAUAGAUGGUUUAUGCGAAAUCUUUUUUCAUGAUGCAUCAUUUUAAUAAAAAUCAUUUAAUAAUCUGUAAAUAUGUUUUAAUGAUUAAAAAUUAGAAAGAU